AUGUUUGAUGGCUAUCGCUCUGUCCCCCGGGCAGCUUUGGGUCAUUCUGAUCACUGUCUGGUCCAUCUUAUUCCAGUUUACAGGCAACAACUUAAGCGUGCCAAGCCUGUAGUCAAAACUGUGAAGAAGUGGACCAAUGCAGCAAAGCAGGAACUGCAGGACUGUUUUGACUGCACUGAUUGGACUGUUUUUGAGGCUGCAUCUGAUAAUCUGGAUGAGCUCACAGACACGGUGACAUCAUACAUCAGCUUUUGUGAAGAUGUAUGUGUGCCAACCAAGACCUUCUGCACUUACAACAACAAUAAACCAUGGUUCACUCCCAAACUGCAACAUCUUCGCCGGGCCAAGGAGGAUGCCUACAGAAGUGGUGAUAGGGCCCUGUACAAACAAGCCAGGAACACGCUGACCAGGGAGAUCAAAGUGGCUAAAAGAAGCUACUCUGAGAAGCUGAAGGAACGGUUCUCAGCCAACGACCCUGCGUCAGUGUGGAGAGGUCUGCGAACCAUCACCAACUACAGACGACCCCCACCCCCUGCUGCAGCAAACAAAGACCUGGCAGACGAGCUGAACACCUUCUACUGCAGAAUACACGUAGAGGAUGUGAGCCGACUGUUCCAGAAACAGAAGACCAGGAAAGCCGCAGGUCCAGACGGUGUCUCCCCCUCCUGCCUCAAAGCCUGUGCUGAUCAGCUGGCUCCCAUCUUCACCCGCAUCUUCAAUAGAUCCUUGGAACUGUGUGAAGUUCCCACCUGCUUCAAACGCUCCACCAUUAUUCCGGUCCCCAAGAAACCCACCAUCUCUGGACUGAAUGACUACAGACCUGUUGCCUUGACGUCUGAUGGUGAUGAGUCUGCAUACCGGCAGGAAGUGGAGCGGCUGGUACUAUGGUGCAGUCAGCACAACCUGGAGUUGAACACUCUCAAGACGGUAGAGAUGGCAGUGGACUUCAGGAGACAUCCCACGACACUGUCCCCCCUCACCAUAGCAGACAGCCCGGUGUCUAUUGUGGAGACCUUCAAGUUCCUGGGCACCACAAUUUCCCAGGACCUGAAACGCAUCCGGGAGAUGGGCUACAACUGUCGGGUUCCUCGGAUCAAACCAUUUCUGAGCCCGAGCCAACGUCAGAAGCGUCUCAACUGGGCCAAGGAGAAGAAGGACUGGACUGUCACCGCAACAGUCUACCAGAAUGUCUUAGAGGACUCCAUGAUUCCUUCUGCUGAUGAUCUAUAUGGAGAUACAGAUUUCAUCUUCCCGCAGGACCUGGCCCCUGCCCAUACCGCCAGAAGCACCAAAACCUGGCUUGAUGACCAUGCCAUCACAGUGCUUGACUGGCCAGCCAACUUGCCGGACCUAAACCCCAUUGAGAAUCUAUAG